AUGGACACAGACCAAGACGUGAUCAUGGGAGAUGAUUCCAAGAGGUCGUUGCCUUCCCACCCUUCCCUGGAAACCCCCCUGAUUUCUCCCACAACCCAUCAGGAAGCAGACCCCAUUCUUGCAUCUUCUUUGAUUCCCCAGACUGCUCCAAAAUCUCCAUCUUCUGAAUCCGAACGUUUUUUCUCCCAACAGCCGAAGCCUUCGGAGGACAUGGCUCCACCGUUGCGCAUCAAGCUCAGGCUGAGUGAAUCGGCGGGAAGUACCUCGGCUGAUAACUCUGGAGGCCGCAGGGACAGCUUGAUUGAGCCCAACUCAGACUGGUCUGAUGAAGAUGUCGCUCCGAAACCUGAAGAUCCCGUUUCGAAACAUGGUCUUCCAGUGGGAUCUUUAGCUACUGGUCUUUGUUAUGAUGCCCGUAUGCGUUAUCACUGUGAGGUUCGCCAAUCCACCGAAGUCCACCCUGAGGAUCCCAGACGUAUCUACUACAUCUUCAAUGAGCUUUGCAACGCUGGUCUUGUUGAUUGUCCUGAGUCAAACCGCCCUAUUGCCAGUCAGCCCUUGGCAAGAAUCCCAAUUCGAAAUGCCACCGAAGCUGAACUGUCCACUGUCCACACAAAUGCCCAUUACGCUUUUGUUCACAGCACCCAAUGGAUGACUACUGAGGAACUUAUUGAGAUGGAGAAGAUUCGUGAUUCCAUCUACUUUAACCGUAUGACUUUUAAAUCGGCCCUCCUUUCUGCUGGUGGUGCUAUCGAGACCUGUCUUGCGGUUGCGCAGCGUAAGGUCAAGAAUGCUAUCGCCGUGAUUCGUCCACCGGGUCACCAUGCAGAGCACGAUACGGCCAUGGGGUUCUGUCUCUUUAACAAUGUUGCUGUCGCCGCACGUGUUUGUCAAGAGAAGAUUGGUCCAAGCUGUCGUAAGAUUUUGAUCAUUGACUGGGAUGUUCAUCAUGGAAACGGUAUUCAAAAGGCAUUUUAUGAUGACCCUAAUAUUCUUUACAUCUCUCUUCAUGUCCACCAAGAUGGUAAGUUUUACCCUGGUGGUCCUGAGGGAGAUUGGGAUCAUUGCGGCGCAGGUGCUGGUCUUGGGAAAAAUAUCAACAUUCCUUGGCCUGACCAAGGCAUGGGUGACGGGGACUACCUCUUCGCUUUCCAGCAAGUCAUCAUGCCUAUCGCGUCUGAGUUCAACCCCGACUUGGUCAUUGUUGCAUCUGGUUUCGAUGCCGCCGCUGGAGAUGUCCUGGGUGGCUGCUUUGUGACGCCUGCGUGUUAUUCUCACAUGACUCACAUGCUCAUGACUCUUGCAAAUGGAAAAUUGGCUGUUUGUCUGGAGGGAGGGUACAAUUUUCAUUCUAUUUCUGUCUCUGCUUUGGCUGUGACCAAGACCCUCAUGGGUGAGCCUCCGGAGCGCCUGCGUGAUGCUGACCCAUCCAGCGCUGGAAUUGCUACUGUUCGCCGCGUCAUGAACAUCCAAGGGGCAUAUUGGGGAUGCAUGUAUCCCAAGCCACCCUCUCAGCCAUUCUGGUCGACUCGACUUCACGGUAUGCCCAUGUUGCCAGCCUUUGACGAAUCUGUAAAGCUCACCAAUAUGGAAGAUCUCCUCCGCGAGGUUCAAUCGAAGAAUCUGUACCGGACCGCGAAACUCACUCCUCUUUACAUUUACCGCACAUCUAUCUCCAAGUCCUUUGAAAAUCAGGUUCUUGCCAGUCCAAAUUACCACAAGGCCGCCCCGCUUGUUGUUAUGUUCCAUGACCCUCCCGAGCUCAUUGGAAUUCCGAACCCGAUGACAAACCAACUGGAUGCUCAUAACUGCUGGAUUGCCGAUUCUGUGGCUGAAUACGUUGAAUUCUUCAUCGGCAAGGGAUAUUCCGUGAUUGAUGUGAACAUCCCCAAGCAUAUCACCCAAGAGAGUGAUACCGGCAAUUACGCAGAUGACGACGAGAAGCGUCCCCAGGCAACAGAGGAGCUCGCGGCCUAUCUUUGGGAUAACUACAUCGAGCCUAAUGACGCUACCGAGAUUUUCUUCAUGGGAAUCGGAAGUGCCUUCUGUGGCGUUGCUAACCUACUCAUCCAACGCGAAAAUCUCUACAAGCGUGUCAACGGUUGUAUCUCCUUUGUGGCUGCGAACCCUGUUCGUGCUAUUGCCUCGGCAACUCAGACUUGGCUGUCCAAGUGGUACCGUGAGAAUUCGUUGGUCUUUGUUGCGGGAUCGCACGGAAUCUGGGAGCGUAAGCCAUCCAAGCGCUAUGGAAUGCUUAGAGCUUCGCCCAAGUCCGGACUGAAUGAGAUGCUUUCUGAGCACAAAGAAGAGGUCUUUGAAUGGAUCUCUGAACGUGCGGAUGAGCCUUCUCAGAAUGAGUCGGAUGGUGAAGCCGAGGGCGAGGGCGAGGGCGACGAAGAGCUUUGA